AUGAGGCAAUGGCGGAUAUAUCUAGCUAGCGGAUAUGAAAGCCUAGUCAUGUGGCUCCACUUAGUGACGUGUUAGGCUUACAAUAAGUGAGAAAUGAAGCAGAUAUUGGCGGACAAAUGGGGAAGGCUGCCUCCACCUCAGCUGAUAACAUUAGAUUGUUGACUGAGAAGGCAACACAAAGGAGGCAGCGAUGUCUUUCAGUCUCGGAAACACAGCGCCCAAGACCACAGGCAGCGGGUUUAGCUUCCCGACUGUCACCACCUCCACAGCAGGUGGCACCAGUGGCUUCAGCUUUGGUACUCCCCAAGCCACCUCACAGCCUUCUGGCACCUCCCCAUUUAGCUUUGGCAUCACAUCUACCCCAGCAGCCACCUUCAGCACCACUGCCACCACCGCAGGUGGCGGGCUUUUCUCUGUGGCCGCCACAAAUCAGCAGCAGCAGACAGCAUCGCCUGGAGCAGGGUUCCUCGCACCUCCUGCCUCUUCUGUUUCCUCGUCUUUCUGUUUCUCUGUUCCUGCCCCAGCCACUACAAGCACAACAGGGUUCUCAGGUUUCCAGCUGCCCACAGCUUCCACAGCAACACCUACCCUACAAUUUGGAGGGCCCACCAAGGCCGCAGGAGCAGCUCCUGAGUUGGCCAAGUCGGCUGCCCCUACCUCGCAGACCUUUGCUUUCUCCACCAAACCCACCACAGGUACGCUGGCUGCUGCACCAGGAGCCUCACUCUUCACGCCUGCUACCAUCACCACUGCCACUGCUGCUGCCGCCACUAUCACAACUAGUGUUUCUGCUACUACUGGCCAGACCUCAGCUCCCUCUAUCACCACCACCACCACCCCCUCACUGGGACUUGGUACAAUGGGUGCUGCACCAGAAGUCUCAUUCUUCACACCUACCACCACCACCUCCACUGCUGCUGCCACUGCCACCACUAGCACCCCUUCACUGGGACUUGGUACAUUGGCUGCUACACAAGUAGCCCCUUUCUUCACACCUUCCACCACCACCGCCACUGCUGCUGCCACUGCUGCCACCACCACCACCACUACUACCACCACCCCCUCACUGGGACUUGUUGCCACUGCCACCACCACAGAGACAGCAGCAUCCACGACCACACCUACCCUGUUCACCAUGACCACCCCUAACAGCAGUGCUACCGGGGCCCCGGUGAGUGGUGACAGUGCAGCAACUGGUGAGCUGAGUGUGGUUGAUCUGGAGAAAAAAGUUAACAAGUGGAUGUCCGAGCUGAAGGAACAGGAGGAGAAGCUGAUGAGGCAGGCAGCUCAUGUCAAUGCGUGGGACCAACUGCUGCAGCAGGGACACGAUCAAGUGCAGCAGCUGCGGCUCACACUCGAUAAUGUCACGAUGGACCAGAACAGGCUGCAGGCUGAGCUGGACUUCAUUCAGGGACAGCAGCAAGAAUUAGAGCAGCUGAUUGAGCCCCUGGAGACAGCAGCAGCAUCCACCACCCCAGCACAGCACCAGGGUGACCGGCAGCGGGAGAACAUGCACCUGGUAGCUCAGAACCUGGACUCACAGCUGAGGCAGAUUACAGACGACCUGUGCAAGGUUAUUGAACACCUCAACUCCAGUAACUCUGGCUCACGUGCCACAGACCCAGUGAACACUGUAGCUCGGGUGUUGUCUGCACACAUGGACACACUGAAGUGGGUUGACCAGAACACUGCACUGCUGAGCCAGAAGAUUGAUGAACUCUCCCGCACUUCAGACAACAAGCGCAGGAACUAGGGCAGUGCUAGCUGGUCAUUGACUUUGGAUUUGUCACCCCACAGUAAAGGGCAUUUCAAAGUUGAAACUGUCUUUCUAGCUUGAUGAUGCUCACUCUGCAAGUGUCUUCAAGGAAGACCCACUUCUUCCUGUCCAAACUCUCUCUUCUUGCUUGUUCAGUUCUUCCCAUACAGUAGCACUUCUUUCACACAUGUACUGCUUUACUUUGCACUUCCAAGUGGCUGUCCUCUCACACAAAUACCUUCACUUUCACUCACAUACACUUUCUUUGCAACCUCCACACUGUUUAUUCUAAAGCUAUUCAUUAAUCUCCUAAUUUUGGUUGUAUUAUUAUGCAGUAUGGUAGGAAGUUACGAUUGUGUAAUGAUAUAAGUAAACUGAGAAGGUUACUGAAUAGUUUUAUAUAUAUAUAUAUAUAUAUAUAUAUAUAUAUAUAUAUAUAUAUAUAUAUAUAUAUAUAUAUAUAUAUAUAUAUAUAUAUAUUACUGUUUUUUUUUUUUUUUUUUUUUUUUCCCCUUUUCUUGUUAACAAAAGGUUAUGUAGAAAAUAUUUUGAGUAAAUCUUCACAUGUGUAGGUAUAUAUGCUCAGUGCUUUCUCUGUUACUCAUACAAGAGUACAAAUGGGAGGUUUAUUGCAGAGUGACAAGAAUUUUCAGUAUUAGAUCAGAGAUGGACAAGAAUUUUAACAAGGAGGAUACUCUGUAUAGUGGUACAUUUCAAGGGACAUUUGAUUGAGAUGAAAAGAUAAAAUAAUACAAAGCAAACAUAUAAUUUGCCAUCCUAGUAUCAACUAAAAAAUUUUGGGUCAGCAGGUUAGGUAGUGGUUUUGUUGGUGUGAUGGCUGUAUCUGACAUAAUAAUAAUAAUGGUCCUUUCUAAGAUAUGAAAAGAAGUGUCACAUAAUGUGUUGGUGGGGCUCAAAAAGCCAUAGUUUGUAUCUUGUCCACCUACAUUAGACCUUCAUGUGUGAGACUGGACAGAUUUAGUUAGUUAUGUACAAAUACUUAUACUUAACUAAAUCUGUAUCACAGCAAAAGCAUAUUGUUGAGUUGCCACAAGUAAUGAUGUCAUCAUAAUGUUGCAGUGUAUUUUGUGACAUUUUCUGUGGCUGCUGUACACUGGGUACAUGUAUCCAGGACACAACAAUAAUUUUAUGUUAUGAUCUGCUUUUUCAUUCAAGGAAAGAAGAAACACAAAGUUUGUGCUCAGAGAAGACAGUUCUACCAUUGAUGGAAAAGUUAAUGAAAAACAGAUGCUGAACUUGGUGUUCCUUUUUUCAUUAUUAUCAAAAUUAUUUGCUUCACAGCUCACUGUCUUCAGAAUAUGCAAUUGGCAGGAGAUUUAAAGUGAAAAAUGUGAGCUUGUGUGGUAUGAAUGUUUAGAAAAUGUUCUCAGCUUAUGUAUUCAUAAUGGAGGUUUUGUUUCUAUGAUGAAGGCAAUAAAGAUAUAAACAAUUCC